UUAAAGGCGAUCUAGCCGCGAAAUGUGUUCUUCAUUUUUUUUGAUUUCCACGAGAAACAAAAAACAUAUUCAUCACUCAUUUUUCCCUAAGAAUAAACAAUAAAGACUGCGUACUGAUUUGUUAAAAGUUCACAGUAAAAUAUUCCGCCUUAAUGUAUAUAAUCUCCCUUAGAAGCAACAUGAUGUAUACGAGUUUGAAAUACGACACCAUACCUUAUUAUUAUCACUACUUUUUUUAGUAAAAGUACAAAACUGUGAAAUGUCGGAUUUCGUGCAAGGAAUACUUAAACUUCAAACAGGGAGUGUAAACUUUGAGAGCAAAUUGCAAGAUCACCCACCAUGCGUGCAUGGAGAGAACUUAAUAUAUAUCGUGUCCGCCAUUUUGAUUAAAGAAGAGAAAAUUUUGUUAGUAAGUGAAAACAGACCGGAGUGUUAUGGGGCAUGGUAUUUACCGGCUGGCAAAGUGGAAAAAAACGAAACUUUAGAAAGCGCUUUCGAGAGGGAAUUAGUCGAAGAAAGUUUUAUUCAAGGUAAGGCUGACCACUUGCUUAGCAUUGAUCAUGAUUUAUUUGGAAGAUGGUUUCGAUACAAUUUCAUUGGUCAUUCAGUCGGUGGUCGACUAAAAACAUUGGAAGACCAAGAUAAGGAGUCGCUUGAAGCAAAAUGGUUUCCUAUCAGUGAUGUCUUAAACGGUGCUCUAGAUCUUCGGUGCAGUGAUAUUUUGCACGUGAUAAAAGACGCAGUAAACUGGUUGUCGGCCGACAAAUCAAUUCAACACAUUAAAUCGUUGCCGAUUCAAGCGCCUUAUACGCAUCAUAUACAACGACUUAUUAUUAUUGACGCGCGGCAGAGGGAUAACAUUCGUCUGGCGUUAGUAAAGACGUUAAAUAUUCUUCCAUGGGAGGGACUGACGCAAAGAGUUGAAGCUUCGCUGAAUGGUGUGUUCACGUCGAAAACAUUUCGUUUGAAAAGGCUAGGUAUGUUGUCAAUCGAACACCUUCCAAACAAGAAUAAACCCUCUGAUGGAGUGUGUUUCAAUAUAUUGUUUAGGGUGGAGGAGGGAGAGGAAAAAGAAUCGUUUGACUGGAUUGUUUUAGACGAAAAUUUAAAAAUCAUAUUUGAACAGAUAUGUGCCAGUAAUUCGUUUAUAAUUUUUUAAAUGUUACAAAUCGCAUUUUAACUAAAAGUUUUUUUCACCAGUUUUAAUAUUUCUUAAAUUUUAUUUUUAGUGAGACUUUGAAAAUACGUCAAAAGUCGUGUAGACGUUUUGUCAACACAUUUUUUUUUUUAAUUUUUAUUGUAGAGAAGCUACCCUAAAUUACAGUAUUAGUCUAUUUUACUCAACAGCGGUGUGCGAAAAAACUUUGAUAACAAUCAUCUGAUCUAACACAUGAGAUAUGACAUUAUACAUAUAUAUAGAGAGAUAUGAGAACAUGAGAUUAUCCGUUGGGUCAACCUCUUUUCCAAGGUUUUUUAGGUUUAAAAGUUUAUAAAGCGCUGAAGACGAGGUUGCAGUUAGAAAAUUACUAGUGUUAAUUUGGCUUGUUAUUUUUUUUAUAUUGUAGUUUAUAAAUUGUAUAUAACCGCAAUGCAAUUUGACUUAAAUGUUACUGCU